UUUUGCUGCGUGAAAGGUCGCACACGUCGACGCGCAGCUUCUCCGAGAAGCGGCGGUGGUAAAUGGCGAGCUCCAGUACAACGAGCCAAGGAGUCGUGCAUCAGUUGCCCUCAUGGGGACGACCCGUCGGAGGAGACACCGAGAAACUGCGCCCGAGCCAACUUCUACACGACCUCACAGCCAAAUCGUCCAAAACAAUGCGCGGAACAACUCCCCACAUUAUUGAAUUCACGAAACUCGAAGACCACACCACUCAAACCACGUCGACGGUGCCGAUCGACCGACCUCUCUUCGAGCCCACGCCUGGAGCAAUUCUAUUUGACGAGUACAUUCCAUUCAAUACGCAUUAUGCAAAGCUAUCCCUUCGCAACAACGACUCGGUCGCGCGGCGGAUCAAGAUCCUUCCGCCAGACUCGCCUUUCUUCAAGAUCAAAAAGUGUACCGCCCACGACAAAGACGGAAAAAUUGCUGCAGGGAUGGAGAUUUCGUUUCAAAUUGAAUUUCUUCCACAAGAGCGCAAGGAGUACGCGCUCGAUCUGGUGUGUUGCACAGAGCGCGAAAAGUUUCUCGUCCCGAUUCGAGCGCGGGGGACAUUUGCUGCGCUGUCCUUUCCCGACGAGAUCGAUUUUGGGUCUUGCCCGGUCAAGAUCAAGUGCUCCAAGGUCAUGACAGUCCAUAACAUCGGGACAAAAGGUGCCAAGUUUGUCUUUACAACGACGCCGCCCUUCAAGAUCACGCCUCAAACGAUGUACCUCGACAUCGGAGCGGCGAUUCAAAUGGAGAUUGAGUUUAUCCCACAGCACACACGGGAGCGCGAAGGAGAGCUUGAGAUCCGCGACGACAGCGGUCGUUGCUCGUACGUCAGACUAACGGGCGAAGUGACGAACCUCGAGGUGUACUUGAGCCAUCCCAUGGUCGAACCCAGCCCUGCCUACAUCACGUUGAGCUCCCGCAAACGCAUCAAAAUUUGCAACGGGAGCGACCACCCCGUCGAGUUUACAUGGAAGGCGUACGCAGGCCACAAAAACGAGCAGAGCGAGCGCGAUCGGCUGCUGUCAGAGUUGCAUCGCAUGGAGCUGGCGGAAAUGGACGACCUGCAAAAGUCCACGGGGCCCGAGGUCGAUGCAGAACAGGUCGACGCGGUUGGGAUCUUGCAGCGCAAGUACAAAAAUUUGCGAAAAGCCGUCGUUGAAGACCCCAUGCACUUCCUGGACGAUUGUUUUCAAGUCGAGCCGGCAACUGGCAAGAUUUGGGCCCACUCGGAAACGGAAAUCACGGCUACGUUCAGUCCGCGAACGGCUGCGUUCUACUCGUGCACGGCGUUUCUGGACGUGUCGGGGCGAGACACGCGUCUGCCGCUGCAAAUACGAGGCCAGGGCAUCGGCCCCAAAGCGUCGAUUCUAUACGACGACCUGUUUGACUUUGGCGACGUCUUUAUCAACGACCCGCAAACCCACGACUUUAGCAUUCAAAAUCGCGGCGAAAUCCCGGCCGAGUUUGCGCUGCUCGACGUGGCGCUUCCCCACGGCGUCGACAUUCACUUUGAGCCGAGUUCUGGAGUGUUGGGUAUCAACGACACGUGCAAGAUUUUCCUCACGUUCUGCUCGGCCGUCCUGGGCGAGAUCAGCGUCAAUUUCAACUUUAAACUGAACGGGUCGGACGAACUCCUCCGCGUGCGGUUCCGCGCACACGUGAUUCCGCCCAUGUUUCAGUUUGACACGGACAAGGUUGACUUUGGCAUUGUCAGCUUUGCCUUUCUCCAAACAAAGUACGUAACGCUGUGCAACACGUCGCGAAUUGCCAUGGAGUACCAGCUCCGGAUUCCCCAAGACGGCCUGUACAAACACAAGGAGUUCCAGUUGACGCCGUCCGAGGGGACGUUGGCGCCGUUUGGGAAGCAAGAAAUCUGCAUCGACUUUACGUCCGUCAACGUGAAGCAGUACGAGUACUUUCUCGUCGUCAGCGUCAAAGGCGUCGGGUCCGACUUGUUGAACGUCCCGGUGACCGCCCAGUGCUUUGUGCCAGAGGUACUCGUCGUCCGGUCCGAGCUUGUCUACGGCGACUGCUUCUUGCGUUACGCCCACUACCAAACGCUGAGUUUGACCAACAUGAGUCCGUCCCUCCCAGCCAAGUACGACUUUGUCGACCAAGACGACCAUUCGAAAGUCGUCGCGGCGUUCGUGCCAAACGAGCUCAGCGGUGUGAUUCCACCCAACUCGACCAAGGAUAUUCAAGUGGCACUCAUUUGUGAGAAACUCGGGAGUAUUCGCCUCCCCAUGCACGUGCGCAUCGCCGGAUCCAUCGACUUGCCCCUGGCCGUGACCUUGAGCGCGCUGGGGAAAGGCCCUAUCGUUGAAAUCGACUGUGACUCGAUUGAGUGGGGCAAUUGCUCGUGCUUGGUCGACCAUCCCAAGAGCAUCGUUGUCGUCAACAAGAGCUUGAUCCCUGCCUCGUUCAAGACGUUUAUUCGGAACGCGCGCAGCAAGUUCGCCGUCGACAAGAAGGACUGCCUCCUCGCGCCAAACGAAAAGGUUCAACUCGUCGUGACGGCCAACCUGGACGACACGGUUGUGUUCAAGGAACAGCUCCACAUCCUGGUCAUGGAAGGCGCAAACAUCUUGAUCCCGCUGAGUGCACGCGGCACAGGGACUACGAUGUGGGCGCCGACUAACAUGAGCUUGAUCGACUUUGAGUACCAAAUGACCCACAAGCAGUGCGAGUGGAGCUGCACCUUGGAGAACAAGGGAAAACGAGGCCAAAUUCUCACGUGGGUCAACAAAACUGUCAAGCAAGCGCAGCUCGAAAUGCAGCAAAAGUUCAAAGCGCUGCAAAAGAUCAACAGCAAGGCGAGCCUAUCGAAGGAGAACGUGGACGGUCCGCUUCCAAUUUUUACUGUGUUUCCGACCACGAUCGAGCUCAAGCCGCGAACGGCGUGCACAUUCUUCUUUCGAGGCUUCAGCAGCGCCCCCGGCUUGAUCAAGGAAGAGCUUGUGUGUGAGACACGAAUCGGGCAGGAAAAGAACCCAAAAGUCGCGUUUUCGACUGAGAUUUGCGCCAACUUCAUCAACCCCAAGAUGGAGACGUCCCAGGCCACCGGCAUGUCGUUCUCGUACGUGUAUGCCCCGAACGUGGAAAUUGAGACCCAGACACGACCGCUCGUCUUUACAAACGUGUGCGAACUACCGCUCACUUUUGUGCUCAAGACCCAAGUCCCGUUUGCCGUCGACAUGUGGGAGGCGGUGCUUCAGCCCCAGGAGAGUGUUGCGCUGAACGUUGAGUUUUACCCUGGCUACAAAGAUGACCACAUCAGUCGCGCGAUCAGCGGGAAGCUUGUCACGUCGUACUCGGGGCAUCCCCAGAAAGACACCAUCGACCUGAAAGGGGACAUUUGCUUCCCCAACCUCGAGUUUGAGUACUCGCGAAUUGAUUUUGGGAGCAUCUUGAACGACACGCAAAAGUCGCUGUCCGUGAAAGUGACCAAUAUCUCCAAGGUCCCGACGUCCUUUCACUGGGUCUUCAUCGAAGACGAGAAGGAAUCGCGCGCGAUGGCGACGACCAAGCGUCCAUACAUCCCCAUCAACCAGGUCUUUGACAUUUUGCCGAUUCGAGGUGUCCUCCAGCCACAAGAAACCGAGUCGGUCGAGUUCAUCUUUUACGGCCAUGCAAACCGAAAAUUCAAAAGCAUUGUCGCGUGCGAAGUUGAAGGUGGCCCCGAGUACGAGCUUACGCUGUCCGGGGAAGCAUCGUCCGUGAGCUACCGGUUGGAUCGCCCGUAUAUUGAUUUUGGGCCAGUCGUGUACAACAAGACAGAAGACCGCGAGUUUUGCAUCUUGAACUUGGGCAAAGUUGCAUUUAGCUUCACUAUCAGUUUGGACAAGCUCAGUCGACCAGGGAUAGCCGAAGUCAGCCCGAUGUCAGGACGAAUUUUUGCCAACGACAAGCAGCGCAUUUCCGUGCGCUUCCGCCCAGGUAUUCCCGAAAACAUGGUCGAGACGUUGUGGCUUGAAGUCGCGCACUUUCAGCCGGUUGAGUUCAAAAUGUAUUGCCAUGGGAUUUUUGCGUCUCUGUCGGCCAAUUUGCCUCGAGGAAACCAUCCAAAUUGCUCUGUGAACGGCGUGCAGCCAAAAUGGCGCGACUUGCUGAGGAUAGCAAAAGACAACAUCGAGCACCCCAACUUGGACGCCAUUCCACCGACAGUCGCAACGUGCGAGACAACCACUCUUGGCCUAACGCGGCCCAACUCGAGAGCGCCGCCUCCGCUUCGAGCGAACACCAAUUCGACAGGUGCCAACAACGGCAUGAGCACGGACCGUGGCAGCAUGUCGUCGCGCAUGACGGGGCGGACCACGUCGAGGUUCACUGAGCGCGUCACCACGACAGCCCGCAGCACGACCAAAACACUGGCGGGGUCGCCGUCGAAGGAACACGUUUUCGAUCCGUUGGCAAAAAUGACGAGUUUCGAUGAGCUCGAUAUCGACACGGAAGCGUGCCGCGUACUCUUCGUGCAGUAUCUGCUCAAGUCAGGACCGGAAGUGGCAGCAAUGGAAGAAUCAACAGCGGCGGAAGAGCCCAAGGCACUGACAGUCCCGACACUUAGCAUCGCCAAACCGGCGCUUCCCCUGCCUACGGUGACGCAAGAGUCAAAAAAAUCCAAGAAACCCUCCAUGGAGGACGGCGUCGAAGACAUUGUGGCCAAAGCGACCAACACGGAGUUCAUUCUCAGUCAGUACAUUCUCGACUUUGGAAACGUCGUGUCGGGCACCCACCGCGUGAAAAAAUUCCUGCUGACAAACACGGGCCAAGUCCCAACGAGUUUCCAGAUCGACAAGAAUCUCGCUCUUGCGCGUGGCUUUUCGAUCGAACCCGAGCGCGUGGUGCGACUCUUGGAGAAAAAAUCGAUCGAGUUCACCGUCACGUUUCAAGCGCGGAAGAACGGUCGUCAUGGAAGUCACGGCGCCAACAUCUUUUUGGAAGUCAAGAACGGGCCGUGCAGCCUCCUCACGCUCAAGGCCAACGUCACCGUGCCAGAUGUUGUGAUCUCGCAGGACACGCUGGAUUUCGGACAAGUGCUCGUCGGGCGCUCCCACGUUGUGUACACGCAAUUCCACAAUACGAGUCCGGUGGGGGUCGAGUGGAGUUUGAAGAAACCGAUCGGGUCGUCGCGGGAUCUGAGCUACUUUCGAAUGGAGCCCCAAAGCGGGCUCCUUCACCCCGGCACCCGAUGCAACGUUCGCAUCGAGUUCAUUCCGCUGGAAGGACGACUGUACCAUGUCAAAGUUCCUGUCAAGAUCAACGCAAAUCCACGAACAAGAGCGAUCAGUUGUUCCGGCGAAGGGACCGAGUUGCGUGUGACCUUCAGUCCGCCCAUGGCGGAGCUGGGACCACUUCUGCCAUUUGGCACACCAGUGGAAAAGUUGAUCACGAUGAAGAAUGACUCGGACUAUGCUAUCGAGGUAUACUCGUUGGACUUUGACCAGCAAUACAAAGACGAAGAGGAGAUCCUACGAAACGCUACGGGGUACUCGGACGAUGACUUGCUUCGACUGCCCCUUCGCUUGCCAGGCGACUCGUUGCCGCCAGAAUUACUCAACCAAGCUGAUGCUGCCGACGGAGCUGGCGGGCCGACGGUGGCAAUUGCCACGCGGCGGAUGAAGCAAGAAGCCGCCGACUACAUCAUCCUCGGUCCACCAUGCUGCGGGAAAACCACCCAGGCACAGCUGCUGGGUGAAAAGGAAAACUUUCCUGUGUGGACGAUCGAACAAGCCGUACUAGCUGCAAGCGUUGAGGAGACGGACGUGGGCAAGACAGUUCGAAAAGCACUGAAGCUUCCGUUGAUUCCGUGGGAUAUGCCCCCAGUCGAAACCCCACCGCCAGACGAACACGUGGACGUCCAUGACAAGAAAAAGAAAAAGAAGGAAGACGAGCACGAGGUGGUCGUCGAGCCCCCGCCGCCCGUCGUGGAGGAAAUAGUGUUGUUCACAUGGGAACUGCUUCGAGAUAUCCUGGAACGGCGCAUGGCGAUGGACGAUAUGAGCAAUGGCAGUGUCUUGGAUGGGAUGGAGAAUCCGUACCUGCCUCCCACGGACACGUACAAAGCAAUUGCGCAAGCUAUGGAAGGUGCAACGAUCUUGCUCUUUUCCUUUACGGAAGACUUGUACGAGCAGCUCGUCAGCGACAUGAUCAAAUCGGUCAAUGACAAACUCCAUGACCUCGAGAUGACGUCGGCGGCCGACGAGCUCCCUCCCGCCGUCACUAACAACGAAACACUCGACAUUCUCGAGGAGGAAGUGGCCACGUCGCCGCCGUCUCCCGAGACUUCUCCUGACUCAGUCGCACCAGAUGACGUUGGCGAAAUCCAGCGCAUCCACGGGAUUCUCGACAAGUUGCAUUUUCAACUCGAAAACGGAACGUUUGAAAAGUACACGCACGCCCAAGUUGCAAUCAUGGAGAAAAUAAAGGCAAGCUUGCUGACACCGCCCGUCGACGACGAACCCGCCUUUUCCGACGCAGACCCGACACUCAGCACUUCGCGCAGUAACUUAAGUCAAUUCUCGACAGAUUUUGACGCAGUCCCUCCACCCACGACGACCACGUCAUCCCCCUCGACUGCUCACGAACGUCCUCACGGUGGCGACGAACAUGUGCCCCCGCUGGAUGGCCAAGAUGUGUCCGCCGCGGACACUCAGAAGACGAACCGUGUGUUAGUUCUGAAUGAAGUCAGUUUCACCGAGUAUGGCCCGCCACUUGUCAUGCAUGGCGCGCUGCAUGCCGCCAUUGAGAAAUUCACCCGCGAAUUGCAGUCGUCCCACUUGGUUGUGCCGCCUCCAGCGUCCUACCAGCUUGUAAAGAGACCGUACUACCGCAGUUCGAGGAAACCUGUCGUUCGAUUUCAAAUUGCGUCCGAGAAGAUGCGUUGGAUUUUGCCCCCGCGUGGCGAAUGCUCGUUCUUCGUUCAGUUUUCCAGCAACGAAGUUGGCACGUACGACAACACGCUCGGGUUUGAAAUCGUCGGCGGUCGACGGGAAGUCAGUUUGUUCUGUCGGGCUAGCUGCGCCGUACCCACCAUCAACAGCGACCCGCGGAACGUGUUUAUGAGUCGCGCCAAAGCCAAAUCGGACGGAGGUAUUGUCCAGAAAAAAUACGUUCUGUCCAAAUCGCAGUACGAAUUCGGCCCGUUGCUCAUUGGAAAGCCGCCGUCGUUGCGGGCGGAACCGGUCGGGUCCGAUCCGUACAAAGCGGCCAAGGUCACAAACGCCGAGGUGUUUCGAAUAUCAAACGCGUCCAAAUACACGUGCCAGCUCCACUUUGCGUUUGAAAAGGUCGUAGAACAGCCCGUGUUUUUCGUCGAGCCAGCGUCGGUGGACUUGCACGAGGGCGACACGGCCGAAGUCAUCGUGUGGGCAUUUCCAAUCGCAAAAGGGCUGGUCGAAGACACGCUUGUGUGCUGCAUCGUAGACAACCCCGACCCCGUCGUCUUUCCCGUGUCGUGCAUUGGGUGUGUCCCUUCCUUACAGGUCACGGGUGUCCCCGUGGUGGGUGAGCCCCCCGAGAAAGUGAUGGAUUUCGACCGGCUCUUGCUCAACAGGCGCGAAGACAAGCAGUUCACUGUGGCAAACACGUCCGAGAUUCCUGUAGCAUGGAAACUUGGGCUCGGGAAUAGCCCUGCUGAGUUUGAAUUUGCACCAAAGGAAGGCGUGCUCAAGUCAAAUCAACGCGCGACUGUUGGAGUCUCGUUCACGGCGUCCAAGGAAGGGCUGUUUGGGUUCCCAGUCGACGUCGAGUAUUCGGACGCUGAGAACGGGUUCCAUCCAAACCACAUGGAGAAAGUUCAGAUCAAGGCCGAAGCGUACAAGAUCGACGUGUGUUCGUUCGAAGGGGACUCCGCAGUCGAUAGCGAAAAAAUGAACGGGAUGCUGGACUUUGGUCUCAUGCGAGUCGGCGAUUCCGUCAUGAAGAGUUUUCAAUUGCGGAAUCGCGGCAAGUACGACAUCAAGGUGCUGCUCUCGAUCAAGCGAAACAAGGAGCUGUUUCAAAUCAAGCCGUUAGACGCGGUCAUUGCGCCAGGCAAAGUGCAACCGAUUGAAGUCACGUGUCGGAGCGAGUCGGAGAUUGUCCUUCGCGACUGCAAAGAUAUCAAGUGCGUCAUCAUGGAAAAUCUGACAGGGGAAGUGUACAACGAGUUUCCCGUCCUGUUGCAUUGCCGCGUCGUGUUUAGCAAGUUCCGAUUGCAACCGGCGCGGGGGCUGAGCUUUGGCUCGAUGCGGUUCAACGAAGAAAAGAAGACGAAGCGCCUCGAGUUGCGCAACGACGGCGAGUUUACGUUCAAGUUCCGCGUUCAGCCGCACAGUGACGCCCCGUCGCCGCUGACGCUGGACACCCCCGUGGACCCGAAACCGCUACAACUGGGGCAAUUUAGCAUUUUUCCCAACUCUGGCACGUUGGAUCCAGGUCGCAUCAUGGCAUUUGAUGUGGGGUUUCAGCCGUUGGGAGCAGCCGUCUUUCGAGAAAUGUUUCGUUUGGACGUGAGUGGUCGCGACAGCGCCAAUGAAACGGAAUCGGCCGCGUUGACGUACGAGCUGAAUGGCGAGAGCUGCUACCCUGGCAUCAACACGACCGACAUGGAGAGCAUCUUUGAAGAGCAGGCGGUCAUUCGUACGUUUGGUCUGGAAUCGAAUCAAGAAUUCCGACCCCGCAACCAGCCCAUCUUUGCCCAAGUCGAGAAACUGUUUGACUUUGGCGCGAUCAUUGUGUCCAAGAGCGUGAUUGAACGAUACAAAAUCUCUAACCCGACCAAGGUCCUGGCGUCCGUCACCUUUUCCAUCAAGGGGGACGCCGACGAGGCGCCGCCUACGUUCACCGUGCAGCCUAGUGUGUGGGACAUUCCUCCGCAUGAACACCGCUAUGUCAAUGUUCACUUUAAGCCGGUCGCGAUGCGGAUGUACCAUGCCGUGUUUACAGCGUCAGUCGUGGAUGGGGCGGACCCGGCAUGCAGUCAGCUCCAGUUCGACGUGCGAGGGGAAGGCACGAUGCCGUGUGUGACGAUUGAAAAGCCGACGUUCCGAGAGGCGUCGGGGGUUCUCGCACUCGCGUUUGGCCGCGUGCGUGUGGGCAAGUCCAAGGACAUGUCGCUUCUUGUGCGCAACGACGGAAUUGUGCCAGCGACAGUGAUGUUCAGCAUGCCCACGAGCACCAACUUUUCGUUCCCGGACUCGCACAAUUCGGUCACGAUGGCCCCGAAGACGUCUCAAGCAUUUGAAAUCACAUUCAAGCCACUCAAGGUCCACGAGGAGCUGUGUGUGGCCAACCUGAAGCUGAGCGUCCAGUACAACCAGUUUGAAGAAACCAUUGUCAAAUUGACGGGGCAGGGGUAUCGGGAGUUCGUGGUUCUGGAAGACUUGAAAGACGAAGACGAGAUGAACUUUGAAGACGUGGAUUUGGACCACGUCCAGGCCAAGCCGGAGGAAAAGACGUUCAGUGUGGCGAAUCACUCGACCGACAUGGUGCGCUUUGCCUGGCCUAUCCACACCAACGUCAAGUUCGUCCCAACGAUCGGCCACCUCUUCCCCAAGUCCCAAAAACAUAUCCGUGUCACGUUUACCCCGACGCCAGCCACCCCUGCAUAUAUCCAGGAACGGAUGGCACUUCAGCUGCAGAAAAUCAAGCGCGUGGACGCCACCGACUGGGACGACAGCAUGAAAGUAGCAUCGAAUGACCAAGUCACGAGUGCGCCCGAGCCAACGUUCGAGCCCGACGGCGCGUUGAAUCCGCUGUCGCUGCAAGUGUUUGCCGUGGCCGAUCAAGCGCAGUAUUCGUGCGACGUUGAAACGAUCUUGUUCAAGAAAACGUUUAUGUUUCAAGCGUGCUCGUACAAAUUCACCCUGACGAAUCCGUCCAAGAUUCGAUUGGGGUACUCGUGGAGCUGGCUAUCGCUCACGACCGUCGACGAGAUUCCGUUUUCAAUUGCCCCCGAGAGCGGUGAAAUCCCCGGCGGCGACGUGCAAGAGUUCAUCGUUCGGUUCGCUCCAACCGAAGUACACGAGUUCUUGUUCAAGUUGACAGGCCACAUGAAGAACGGAAAGGAGCACGUGAUCCAAGUUCAAGGGAUUUCGUUGCGGCCCGUGUGUCAUGUGGACCUCGAGCAAAGCGAUUAUUCAGCGCGACGGGCGCUCAACUUGGUCGGUCCAAGCGGCGAACUCGGACCGCUCGAUCCGUCUGUCCGUGUCGUCGAAAUGGAAUCGCUCGGGAUUCGAGUUCGCAACACGAAGCGGUUUUACGUGAUCAACCCGACCAACAUCUCGUACGAGUUUGUGUGGAUCCCCGAAGGCAACGUGAAUCCGUGCUUUCGCUGCGCCACGCCAAAGGGGCUCAUGUUGGCCGGGAAGCGAUGCGAAAUGGUAUUUGAGUUCACCCCGCAGCAGAUGGACCUCCAAGAAAUGUUUUGGCGUUUGAAGAUUCCACAAUUUCAAGUCGACCAGUUGUUUCUGUUCGUGGGCACGACAUCCGAGCCACGUGUGCUUUUUGAUCGAGGUGGCGUCAAUUUUAGCACGCUACUGCUGGGGAGCAGGGCCGUCCACAGCGUGCACCUGAUCAACGACGAGCACCUUCCGUUCAACUUUGCCUUUGACAAAGUUAGCUUCUUGGGCGAGAAGCCCGUCGUGAGCUUAACGCCACUGUCCGGUGUUGUCCCGCCCAACAGUCGAUGUCCUGUCGAAAUCGAGUUUGCCCCGGUCGAAGAGAAGCAGUACAACUUUAACAUCAACUGCCACAUCAAGCGCAAACCCAGCCGACUAAGCUUGAACAUUAAGGGUGAAGGGUACGCAAUUCACGACUUUGUCGUCCUUCAAGAGGACGAGGGCUCGUACAGCGCUGCGCCGAUUGAGCCCAACACGGUGCAGCUCCUGGACUUUGGUAUUGUUCGCGUCAACGAGAAACUGCGCAAGUCGCUCGUGAUUUCGAACGCAGGCAAGUUCAACUUUGAAUUCAACGUGAACUGGGCAUCGGGAACGCAUCCGAUGGUGACGAUUGAACCGAUGCAUGGCACGGUGCGGAAGAACGACAAAGUUAAGUGCAACAUUACGUUUUCGCCAACGCUCGAGACGUCGUUGGAUUCGUUGCAGCUUGUGUGCACGACGGCCGGGUCCCGAGAGUACAUUUUCAAGCUCCACGGGAGUUCCGUCCCACCGGCGGUCGAGUUUUCGUUCGUGUCGCAUGACUUUGGCGCUUGUUUUAUCGCUGAACCCGACGCGGUGCCGAUUGUAGAAACCAUUGUGCUGCGCAUUGCCAACCAAGACGCCGACAUGGACAUCAGCAUCGACUGCUCGUUUGAGAAGCGGUCGCAUUUGCGGGUGCAAGUUCAGCCGACGGUCCUGGGGCCGCACGACGUUGUCGAAGUGCCCAUCACGUUCAUUGCACGGACCGAAGGCAAUUACGAGGAAGUAAUCCCGUUUACCAUCAACGGCACCACCGUCGUCAACGUCACCAUCAAAGGCGAGGGAAUUUACCCCAAGGUGGAACUGGUCGGAAACGUCCAGCAAGUGGUCAACUUUGGCACGCUCCAAAUUGGACAGUCGCUGUCACGCUUUAUCAAGCUGCUGAACCGAUCCAAGCGCAAGACGUCCGUGGAGCUCAUGUCGCCAAACCCGGACAUCACCAUCUUCCCGCAGCACGACAUUCAACUGAAGCCGCGUGAAUCCGUCGACGUCGAACUCCGUUUUGCCCCCACCCGGCGCAUUCAGUCGUUUCAAGAAGAAUUGUCGAUGGAAAUUGCUGGCACGCGCAAGAAAUUGCUCGUCAUGACGGGGUGGUGCCAAGGCAUGGACGUGCAACUCGAGACAGAAACGCUUGGGUUCGGGUCAGUCGUGUUUGGGUCCCAACUCGUUCGCAAGGUGCUGCUGCAGAACCGAGGCGACCUCGUCGCCAAGUUCAUGUGGGACUUGAAGCGGUUCGGCGCGGAUUUUACGAUAUCGCCAACCGAAGGCAUGAUCUUGCCCAACCAAGACAAGCAAUUCGAGGUUACGUUCCGUCCGCAAAAGAUAAACGAUGACAUUCGCCAUGACAAGAUCCCGUGCGCCAUCGAGGGCGGCGACUUUGUCACGCUGACGCUGACAGGGUCUUGCGUUGCCAUGGUCGAGUCCGCAAUGAAGGAGCUCGUGUUCGAGUCAAAGGUGCGAAAGGAAACGACAAAAGAGAUCGUGAUUGAAAACAAGACGAACCAACCGUGGAAUUUAAUCCCCGUUGUGACGGGAGAGCACUGGCAUUGCAUGGAGAAUGUCGCUGUGCCGGCGGGAGGAAAGGCCACGCUUCCUGUCACGUACUGUCCUCUCACCAUGACCCAGCUCGCAACGGACCCUCGAGAACGACCGAAGCGGCACACGGGCGGCAUCUUCUUUGCCAUCCCGGACGGAUCUGCGAUCAAUUACAACUUGGUUGGCACAGCGUCCGAGCCGGAAGCGAUGGACACAGUCCAAGUCAAGACUCCCGCGAAGAAGUCUUUGCCGAUGAAGCUCCCGAUCAAGAACUGGCUCAAGUGUGCACAGGUCUUCGAAGUGCGGAUCGAAAACACCCAUAAAUCGACGUUUGUCCAAGGCGCCGACACGAUCACCGUUCCACCCAAUUCGCAGCGAGACUACGGACUCAAAGUGUAUGCGUACACUGAGGGCCCGAACGAGUUCAAGAUCACGUUCACCAACCCUGAGAACGGCGAGUACUUGUUCUACUUUGUGCACGUGGAUGUGACCGCGCCGGGUGUGAUCGACACGCUCGUGUUCCAUGCCCCAGUACGGCAAACCGUCAAGAAACUCAUCACGAUCGAGAAUCCGUUCCCGGAGUCGACCGUGAUUCAAUUCGAUGAAGGAACGAAGUGGUGGCGAUGUUCGUCGCCGUGUGUGCGUGUGCGGCGGUUGGGCGAGCUCACGGCCCGCACAGAGGGGGCAUUCGAGGUCGAGUACAGGCCGCUGUUGCACGGCGAGCCGACCGAAGUGGACUUGACUAUUUCGUGCCAACCGUUGGGUGACUACAACUACAAGCUUCACUUGAGCACGUCGCCCGCAGGGAUUGAUCGAAUUUUGUACUUUCACGUUCCGUUGGGUGGAUGCCAAACCCAAGCGUUCCGCUUCCAGUCGUUCGUGUCCAAGCCAUGCGACUUCAAGUGCCUCGUGCACCAGCCAACGUUUUUCAACGUGAGCCCGACGGUCAAAGUGGACGCGUCCGACUGGGACGGCGCCGAGUGCACCAUCUCGAUCAAAUUUGAGCCUGAAGCGCUAGGCGAGAUUCGUGACACGUUGGUGUUGACAUCUGACCACGGAGGCGAGUACAAAUGCACGUUGCAGGGUCAAAGUGUGCCCCCCCUGCCCCAGGGACCGUUUGUGUUUGCCACGACCAAGGAAAUCGAGUUCAAGAACGUUUUCAACGCAGCCAGGGAGUUUGUUUUCACCAUGGACAACCCGGCAUUCAGCGUCAACACGAAACAAGCGACAAUUGGCCCCAAGUCCGUCAAAUCCGUGGUCGUCAAGGUCGAGGACCAGUCUGCGCCAAAGCCCCUCGUCGGGAAAUUACUCGUGACAUGUCCCGCGCUCGUCGACUUGCCCCCAUGGGUGUACUACCUCGAGGCGGACACCUCGGACAGCAAAAAAUAGACCUCCAGCCUGUAAAUUAUGUAU